AUGCGUCGGGGAUUUAUUUCUAUGCUCGAGUGCAGAAAGAUGCCACUACCAUUGUUAAAUUUAAUUAAAAGCAAGUACAGUGCCGAACGCUGGAUGACGGAUUAUAAUACCAAUGGUACUUUAUUUGUCUGCUUCUCGUACCCGCUACAAGUGGCUCGAAAUUUUCUUGCUGCCGAUCUGGGCUUGGGCGACCGCCAGAGGAAGAAUAGUAUCCGAACAAAUUGGUUGAGCGUGUUCAAAUCUGACGGGCUUGUCACUAAGGCAUUGUUGAAUCGUCCAAUGCCUCGCAAGGUUCUGCGGUUAUUUCGGCUCACGUAA